AUGAGCGCUAUGAAUGAAUGUCCCCAUGAACCGGCUGUCAUGCGCAUAGCGGCACUGAUUGCACUCGUGCAGCUGUCGCUCGCUACAGCUGUUUCAGAUAACUCAAUCCAAACAUUAAGCGCGGUUGAACUAAACCGCGAAUUAGCCGGCGACUAUGGUCUUUCACCUUUCUAUGAAAGCAGUGAAGAAACUGGGGUCACCUUUAUGCGAGGCUCAAGAGCCGCUGAGUCACCCCUAUCACCAGAUAUCGACGUGCAAUGCUCUGGUGACUUUAUUGAUGUAACUGUGGAAUUUUCCGAUAUUUAUGAUGGUAUCAUAUACAGCAAGGGUUUUCUAAAUGAUCCUAAAUGCAAAGAUCCAAAAUGUCCACAACCUUUCGCCCCUAGUAGCACAAAUCCACCUUCCACGUACUUGCCACCAUUCCCAGCUGAAAAUGAAGUGAAAUCUCAACGUGCCUUAAGAUUAGUUUCAAAGGAGUUUGAUGAUGACAUUGGUACUACUGGGCAAACAGAGUCAAAAUCCCGAAAAGUGAGAGAAGUGACAGGCAUUAGUGAUACCGCUGCAAUUGCAUCGACUGGCGUGGCUGCAAUGUACAUAGUGAUGGGCUCUGCAGUAUUCAUGAUUUUAUCAGUUUCACUUGCUGUGUAUUUGUACACAAACAGAAGACCUAGAACAACAAUAACGACCAACGCGACAAACUCCUGCUGA